CUCAUCCAGUGUUAGGUCAUCAUCUCCGGCACACAUUUCCGGCAAAAACUUUCCUUAAACUAAUUUCUUUACCAUUUCUCCUCCCGGCCUCAUACACCUAGCUCAAUUGUCUGGACAGCCCCUUCAAAGGGCGCGCGCACUUCCCCAAAGUGCGCGCUCUGAUCUACUAUACCACCGUAUUAUGUAUCAUGGCUCAUCGCCGCCGCUCCCACCCCAAUCUCUAUUCUUAUCCACCUCUACCAAUUCUGCUCCUCGCCGCCGCCGCUAUAUUCCUCCUCUGCGCCUCCCCGUCGUCGUCGGCGAAAUCCGAGACGGAGAUCCUCCUCAAGUUCAAGGAAUCGUUGGAGAAUGCUGCCGAGUUAUCCAGCUGGAAUCCCUCCCAGCCUCCCUGCGAGGGAGAGCGCCAUAACUGGGAAGGCGUCAUGUGCGAAGACGGCAAAGUCCGCGGCCUCAAUUUGAACGGGAUGGGUUUGAAGGGAACCUUAGACGUGGAGUCCCUGGUGGAGUUGCCGGAUCUCAGGGUUUUCGCCGUCAUUGAUAACAACUUCGAAGGCUCCUUGCCGGACUUCAACAAAAUGGGAGCCGUGAAACACGUUUAUCUGUCGCAUAACAAGUUUUCCGGGGAGAUUCCGAGCAAUGGAUUCCAGGGAAUGAGCUCCUUGAAAAAGCUCCAUUUGAACAAUAAUGGCUUCGUCGGCGCCAUUCCCACCUCCUUGGCCACGUUGUCAAAGCUCAUAGAAUUGAUGCUUGAGAACAAUAAAUUUGACGGCAGUUUACCAAAUUUUAAGCAAGAGAGAUUUACCAUGGUAAAUUUCUCCAACAAUUUACUCGUGGGUGAAAUCCCUCCUGCCCUCUCUAAGCUCAAUGCUUCCUCGUUUCACGGAAACGCUGGUCUAUGUGGAGCACCAUUGAAACCAUGCGACGUUCACCCCAAGUUAUCUACCGGAACAAAAGCCGUCGUCGGGAUGGCCUUAGCGGCGGCGCUGGUGGCGAUCCUGUUGGUCAUCAUCAUCCUCGCGAAGCGCAAGCCGGUGUCAGCGGCCGAGGAAGGAGCAGCAACGGCGCAAGUAGCCGCGGCCCAACGGAAAGCGCCACAAGAUGAAAUGGACAAGAUAGAAAAAGGGUCAACGGCGUCGUCGAGUACGGCGGCCCGCUCAACCGCGCCUUCAUCGGCGCCGCCGGCGGAAACCAGGAGAGCCGAGCAGAGCGUGAAACUGUCGUUCUUGAUAGAGGACAGGGAGAAAUUCGGGUUGCCGGACCUACUAAAGGCGUCGGCUGAGAUAUUGGGGAACGGCAUAUUUGGGGCGACUUACAAAGCUGCCCUUUCCACCGGCCCCGUCAUGGUGGUUAAGAGAUUUAAGCAUAUGAACAUUGUCGGGAAAGAAGACUUCCAUGAACAUAUGAGGAGGCUUGGCAGGUUGUCCAACCAGAAUUUGCUUCCUGUUGUGGCUUUCUACUAUAGGAAAGAAGAAAAGCUCUUGGUCUCCGACUUUGUUGACAAUUGCAGCUUAGCUUUUCAUCUCCAUGGUAAAAACAGAUCUGGAAGCUCUAGCCUGGACUGGCCCAAACGGUUGAAAGUUGUGAAAGGAGUAGCGAAAGGCAUAGCCUAUCUGUACACGGAGCUACCAAGCCUAACAGCGCCGCACGGCCACCUCAAGUCCACCAACGUCCUCCUCAAUUCAUCGCACGAGCCGCUGCUCAACGACUACGGAUUACUGCCGGUGGUGAACCUGGAGCACGCCCAAGCGCACAUGAUCGCGUACAAGGCGCCGGAAUUCCGGCAGGGCGGGAGAAUCACGAAGAAGACCGACGUGUGGUCACUGGGGAUACUGAUUCUAGAAAUCCUGACCGGAAAGUUCCCGGAAAAGUUCGCGCAACAAAGCAAGGGGAGCGAGGGCGACCUGGCUAGCUGGGUGGAGUCGGCCAUCGGCGACGGCGAGGGGGCGGCGGAGGAGGUGUUUGAUAAGGAGAUUAAAAACGGGUGCCCAGAAGAAAUGAUGAAGCUGUUGAAGAUAGGGAUGAGUUGCUGUGAAGUGGAUGUGGAGAAACGGUGGGACAUAAAGCAGGCUGUGAAGAGCAUUGAGGAAGUGAGGGAGAAAUAAUAAUAAUAAUAUAAUAAUAAUCAUAAUCAUAAUCCAUCUAGUGUCGUACACGUGUCACCUUAGUGCAUGCAUGUUGUUUCAUGGGAUGCGUUUGGUACUAAGAAAAAAAAAAUACUAAGAAUUGCUUUGUUUAAUUAGAAUUGAAUUGAAUUGAAUUUCACCCCCAAAAAAAGGGAUUUGGAAUAUUGAUGCAUGGAGGAAAAAGUUGAAUAAUUGUGAAGGAAUUGAAGAUCAGAUGAGAGGUGCAGUGCGUAUGUAGCAGCCGGAGUUCAUUUGAUUUUGGGUGACGGGAUCGCGGAAGUUAAGGAAAUCGAAUUUUGGAUCAUAACUUCUACCAAACAUGAAGAUAUAUAUGACAUGAUGGAUAAUUGAAUUGGAAUAUGGUCAGUGUAAUUGUGUUUUAGAAUUUAUAGUAUAUGUGCACUGUACACAAUAAUCGAGACAUA